AUGACGUCUUUUUAGGAGCUGAAUGAAACUCUCAAAUAAUAGGUAUCAGAGCUAACAUACAAAUUGGAAUUAAAGGAAAAAGAAAUAGAACAUUUAAAAUCACCUAAUAAGACGUUAUCUCAAUUUGAAACUCAAACCUUAGAAUUAUAAUUAAUAUAAUAUAAACACUUGCAGACAAAAUUAGAGAAAGAAAAUGAAUAAUUACGAAAUAAAAUAAGUCAAAUGGUUAAUUCUUAAGUUGAAACUUAAAAAACUAUUUUAAAAUAAAAAUAGCAACUUUAAAAUGUUAAUAAAAAUUUAUUUUCCCUUUCCUCUUAAAUUUAAGAGGAAGACAGUCCUAUAAAACUUAUUAUAAAUAAAUUAAUAGACAAUGACAAGGAUCCAAUGAUUACUUAAAGCUUAGACAUAGAAAGUUAAUUAAAAAUGAAUGAAUUAAAACGGGUAAAUAAUUAACUUGAAAAACGAAUCCAUUAAUUAGAAGAAAAGUCUUAGAGUAUGGUAGCCAGAUAAUUUUAAGAUGCUGCUGCUAUACUAAAGCUGAAAAAAUAAAAAAAAGAGUUGAUUGAUUAAUAAGAACUCUAAAAAUAAACAUUACAAUAAGAAUUAUAGAAAUCUAGAGUUUAAGCUUUUUCUGAUGUUACUAUAUCUUUCUCAGACUUAUACUCAGAAAUUUCUAAUAUUGAGUAAAUUAAAGAAAAAUUUGGAAUUUUAAUAUAACUAAUUUUAAAAUAACUUCUAACAUAAAACUCAAAUAGUGAUUUAAAUGAAUCUAUAAUAAAAUCAAAUAGAAGUAGUUAUUCUAGAAGGGUAGAUUAAGUUUAAAAUUAAUUUAAUGAUAUUUUAAAAUAUUUAAAUAAAGGUUCAUUAAAGAGUCGAGAGUAAGCAUAAGAAAAUUAGAUUUAUGAAUCUUUUAUAUGUGAAAAACCUUAAACAAAUGAUAAAUAAACUUAGACUUUGAAUAAUGAAAAUGAUGCAUGUGCUGAAAAUGAUUUGAAUGGAAAAACUAGAAAAUUAGAGAUUGUAAUUAAUAAUAAAAAGAAUUAAGAGGAGGAAUGUUAAUUUAUUGAUGCUGAACAGUAAACAGAAGAUUAAGAUUUAAAUUAAUUUCUUCUUAAUUCAAUGACACCAUUAAUGCUUUCAGCUUUUCCUUAAUUACAUACUGAAGGUGAUUUAAUUGAAGAAUAAUAAUAAUAAUCUUAAGAUAAAAGUGCUUUAUGUUUAAGGAAUGGAAUUAAAAAUGAUUAAGGAUUUGAUGAAGGUUAAUUAAUAGGUAUAGUCGAAACUUUAACAAUUUAAUUAAAUUACAUAAAGAAAUAAUGGUUUAAGUCUGUCGAUAAAUGCUUAAGGGCUUAAUAAGAGUUAGAAAGAUUGUCAGAAAUUGAAUCCUAAUAUAAUCAUUUAAGUCAUGAAUAUUUAAAUUCCAAGAAUGAACUUUCAAAAUAAAAAAAUAGAUAUUAAACUUUAUUAGACAAAUUUUUUGUUCUUGAACUAGAAAAUGCUUAGUAAUGA